AUGGGCGAAGGCCUCGCUGUAGCCGCCCCCGAGCGCCCAGAGUUCUCGGCGGGAUGCCUGGCCCGUCAUUCCUGCCAAGGUGUUUGGUACCUCGCCUCGUCCCUGCUCGAGCCUCCCUUUCAGAGCAGCGGGAUCUAUAUGCCGUCGCCAUAUCUUCGUUUUCGCCGUCUCCGCCACGUCGCCGCCGACUGCAAGAUGGGUGUGCGUAUCGUGGCGAAGGGUGCCGGGGGCCAUCGGAUUUUUUAUCCCAUUAAUGUGUGGUACGUUGCAGAGUGCGCAUGUUCCACUCGCAGUAUCCCUCCUCCCCAGGUGGUCCUGCAGGGCCUGCCACUCUGA